ACAUACAGGCAACGCACAAUUGUGAGCGCUCUGUAUUUCUCUUUAGAUUUGCUUUUUCGAACGAAUCGUCGUCAAUCGCAUUUUUCUUCCCGCUGUUCACGCGUUUUGCGCUCUCACAUCGUUGCUGCUGCUGCUACGACGAAUAGUCAGAGCACAGCUCAGUUCGGCUCUCUGCUGCUGUUUUGCCAUUCACUCUUAACUCUAGACGACCGUAUUCGUGCAAAGUUUUUUUUUCUUGUUCGAACAGAUUUUUCAAUAUUUGAAGCGAAUGCAUGAGAGUACACACAACACUGAGCAUCGAAGAACAUUCAAUAAAUCGAUUGCUUGGCGAAAAAAUUUCAUAAUUUAAUUUCGUUGACGUGAAAUACCUUUUGCAAUCGCUGCCUGUCCACUAAUUUGAGUAAACUAUCUAACAAUAAGAAGAGGAAAAAAACCGUCUGGAAUCAAUAAUCAAUGAUUAGAGCGACAUUCUCUUUCACGGGCUCAUACAGAAACAUAUUUCUUUUUUAUUGGAUUUGGUUUGAAGUUCAGUCCAUGGGAAUUUUUGUUAAUAUCAAUCGAUACUGACAAGAGAGAGAGAGAGAGAGAGAGAGAGAGAGAGAGAGAGAGGGAGAGAGAGAGAAAAAGCAACUUCCAGUGAAAAUUGUGAAUCAAUUCAUGUGCACAGAAUUAUUCUCCUCUUCGCAAUUCGCUGAAUGAUGAAAAUUAGCGCCAUAAAUGGAUUGUGAUGUAUACACAAAUUUUCUUUCGUUUGGUUUACGCGCGUACAGUCUCGGUUGCGGACGAAAAGCAGCAAGCAAGAGAUUUUUUUUUUCAUAUAUAUGAUCCGUAUACGUGCAAACAAUGGCGCACCUGACGUCAGAUCGCUCUCUAACAUAUAUAUAUAUAUAUAUUCAUUGUAACUAUAUCAACAAUUAGCGCGAACUCUCUGUGUUGUGCUACGCACAGUACAGACGUUUCAUUCAAAAUAAUAUCAAUAAUUUAGAAUUUAAGUACAAGCAGUAUGAUUUAACACUCUAUCGCGCCAAGCUCGAGCUUAAUCAAAAUGUCCAACAAAAACAAAACUCAUAUUGCAAAGAUACGAGGCUGACGAAACAGAAAUGAAAUUUGCCUGAAAUUUCAUCGAAAAUUUAGGAUUAGAUUGUGAUAUUAAAGCAUGAAAAAAAUGGAUUUUAUGCAGAGAAUAUGGCGAUUUUUUCUCUCUCUCUCUUCAAAUCGUUUCACCUUACAUAACACUCCGUUUACUGAGAGAAAGAAAAAAAAUGUUUUACACAAGUUUGUUCAUUACAAUUUUUCAUUGCGUUGCCUGAUUUUGUUUCAAGAGAGCGCGACGGUGUAAACGAUGACGAGAACGACACCAAACAACAAGGGAAUCGCAGGCACGAACAUGAAACACGAACACACAUUCAGUAUCGCUCACUCUCUAUAUCGUUCGUAACCCAUACACACACACACUCACGUUAUCCGUGAACCAUGUCGGUGAGUGAGUGCGUGCGUGUGAGACUGUGAGAGCUGUUUCGGCACUGUACGCGUAAAAAUAGUAUUAGCAAAUGUUCGUUUCUUAUGAACACAUGAGUAUUUUGUGUUCGAUAUCAUACGAAUAAACAACGGAGAACAAAGCAUGUUUUGAAAAUGCGCUCAAUGGUCUUUCGCUUGUGUAGUAAUGUUUUUUCUUCUUCUUUCUUAUUUAUUAUCACAAUUUUCAUGUCCACCUCUGAUUUUUUCAUUCUCGCUAAAAUAAAUGCAUCGCCAUCUGAAAGAGCACCUAGAUUUAGAAGGAGAUUUAUAGAGAGAGAGAGAGAGAGAGAGAGAGAGAGAGAAAAAUCAACGUACGAACAAGCAUGUUUCUUAUUUUUCUGCACCUUAUUCUUGAGCUUAGGCGUAUCUCGUCUCACGGCACUCCGAUAUAUCCAUACAGCAAUUUUCAUAUAUUCAUGUAUGAAUAUCAAAUAAUUAGCUGGUUAAAGCCAUUCGCGCGUUUCAAUUGUAGGUAUGAUUUUUGUGAAUGUACAAGCAUUUCGUAUGAUUAAGUACAUAGAGGCUCAACAUCGUCGUAUCUCCGAGACACAAAUACAAAUGGGGCGCGCGCGAUUGAUAGAGAGACGGAGAACGACACACAGAGAGAAAACGAGAUGUGCGCAGAACAAGAGAGGCGAGAUAGGGCGCAUUAUACUCUUAGAAGGUGUUGUGUGUCGGUGCGGAGAACUAGCACAUAUUGUCCCCGCAAACGGGAGAUCCAUAUGUGUGUGGCUGUACUCGUGCAUCGUCGUCGUCGUCGUGCACACACUGAUGAAUUAGUAGCGCUAAAGAGAAAAUAUUGAUUUAUUUUUAUUCGUGAAUAUACUGCUUACAUUCAACACUCAACUCAUUUUUAUAAGAGUUCAGCGAUAUUUCGGAUUCUCCUUUUUUUAUUUCUACUCUUCUUGCUGCUGCUUUCGAUUCGUUUUGUUCUUCGAUGGCGCGAGCGCGCUUCAAUCAUACUGCUGCUUCUUAUUUAUGCAAAGUUUGUUUAUCAAUUUGCUUCACACAUUGAACAGUUGCUAUGCACUCUGGCUGCAGGAUAUUUUUUUUUUCUGCACUUCGGUCCUCUCCAUUUCUUACAGUCACUUUGGCUGCAUAACGAUGUAGCAAUACUUGGCGCAAAUCGUUGAAUUGUUUUAAGAAGGGGGAGGUUCGUUUUAAAAUUCCGAUAGUCCCUUUGGCGCUGAACGCUCACUACCUUUCUAUGAACCGAUGAUUAUUUUUCAUUUUUCUCUUCCGUAAAAUAGCGUGGUCCAGUUCAUUUUGGCAUUGAUAGCAAAGUCCAAUGCCUUUUCUCUGUGUAUAACAAAUGCAAUUCCAUGCCACACUACUAGAAUUCGAUCGUGGCAAAUCGAAUACCCGAUUGUGCAAUGUUUUGAGAUGAUUUCGCGCUUGUUCCACUUAUCGGGGACGAAUUUUUCAUUCGCUGCACCGGCAAAACAUACGAAACGGUCGGUACGAUUCCUACGCAUGCAUGUGGAUUGCGUAUUCGCGACAAAUGAAACUUUGUUGCGAAAAUGCUUCACGGAGAGACAUUCUCACAGAGAGAAAUAGAGAGAGCGAGAGCGAAUGCGCCGUGAUGACGAUCCGCCGAUGAGAGUAUAAACAUUGGAUCGACGCUUUUAUUUGCGUUUCAUCUCAGUCAAGACAUGAUGACCAAAUGUGUAGUGUACACUGUAGAUACUCUCUCACGAUAACAUGAUAUCAACGUUUAGCACAGACACAAGACAAAAGCAAACAAAACAAACUCAAACGCAGAGAAACACAUUGUUAUUUAGAAAGUUUUGAUAUGGACAAGCGACGGCCGCGACUUUGACCGACGGAACAAAAAUCAAUCGGAAUUCGCAUGAAUGGAAUUCAUGAAUUCGACAUUACUUUUUCGCUUCAAUUUAGGGCUUCGUUUCAGACGUUAAAAUCUUGUUUUCUGUUGAUGUUCUUUUCAGAACAGAAUUCGUCGAGAAUUUGUUUAGGUGUUGGAAAAAAAAUUGAUAGACAUUUUAGGAGAUUCUAUGAACGAAAGAAAUAUUUCUAAUUGUUUUUUAUUGACGUAACACCGGUUCGAGUGUGUCAAUCACGAUGUGGCUGCGAAGUGAAAAACGAAGCAGCCGCAUUGCUCAACCCAACAGCAAGACAUCAACGAUAAAUCUGCGAAAAAUUAUUAAAAAUACUCCAGCAUUGAAAAAUUUGAAACAAACCACAACCACUGUCACAUCUAAUCGGCGCAGUGUAGUGUACUCAGCGACUCAGAGCAUAGCAAAUAGCAGCAGCAGCAGCGGCAGCAGUGGCAGUAGUAGUAGCAGCAAGCAGUCUGCAUUUCGUAACAGUGGCGAUCAAGCAAAACAAUCACCAACUAUCAAGUGCAAUAUCAAAAGUCGAACGGCGAGCGUUAAGCGUUUGGGCACAAAAAAGAGCUUGUUAAGCAAACGGCACAAUCGUAAGAAAUUCGAAGCAGCAACCGAUCAAAGCAGUGAGAAAUGUGGUCGUCUUCGGCGCAAAUCACUGCGAAAUAUAUCGGAGAUGGGCAAAGAGAACUGCUGGCAGGAUGAAGGACAAUUGGAUUUGUAUGCGGUUGAUGGUAAGCGCGGGCGAAAGCAACGGGCUGGCGUACCACCAGUUGGUUGUGCAUCAACAGCAGACGAUGUUGACAGCGCUGGCGCUAAUGAUUCCAAUUUGCCGGACGUUGAAUCUUUCUCGGGCCUUGUGAUUGUGAACGAGGUAUGUGAUUCGUGCAAACCGUGCACCACAUGCAACUGUUCGUCGAGCUCAAGCCAAACAGACGGCAACCAAUCGUCAUCGUCAUCCAGUGAAGGUGUCACCAUACCGAAAAAUGUCGGCUGUGUCAACUACAUUGAGUGCGAUAGCACAACUGACAAUGAUCGAACCAAUUUACCAUCAACCUCAAUGAUAGUUACGACUGUCGAUCCGGAAAUCGACUCAACCACUGACCUGCUUCCAACCGAAGCGAUUUCAUCUUUGUCAACAUCAUCAUCGUCAUCCUCUGCAUCGUCAUCGUCGUCAUCAUCAUCGACGUCAUCGUCAAUGUGCUGUGACGCCGAAACAUUUUCAAUGCAACCAACCCAAGACCAACCGGACGACAAGCUACUACUGAAUCAAACACGUUCUCUCUUGACAACGGUCAAUUUGCAACCGCAAAUGUCCACAUCAUCGGCCGCAUCCAGCAGUGCUUGCAGUAUCAAUAACUUCCCAACCACACCCGAUCUUAUCACAUUGUUCGACGAAGAAAUGAACAAAAACCCAACGGACAUGUGUCAAUACUCGGAAUUAUUUCCGUACAACAAUGUAAUUACACAGGCGCUGUUAAAUUGCAACGAAGUGAAUUCGUUGUGCGAACAGAGCACAUCCAAUGAAUUGGGCCAAAACAUCACCGAUCUGACAUUCUUAUCGUCUAUGAAUCAAACGGCCAUUGACAACCUGAAAGCAUUGACUAAUUUACAAAACCACUCGACUAGCUUCCUAUCGGGGAUCACAUUGCCAAAAAAUAAUUAUAACGACACACAACAAGAUCAACAGGAUCAACAGAAUCAGCAGCAACAACAAAUACACGAAAACUUGAACGAAAUCCAACUGGAGACCGACGAAUGCAUGGAGAUUGAAGAGAUAAACGAGCGUCAAGAGGAGGUGGCAUGGGAUGCAUUCGAUCCAUACGUAUUCAUUAAGCAUUUGCCACCAUUGACAGCUGAUAUGCGUGCAAAGUGCCCAGCGUUGCCACUCAAAACACGAUCCAGUCCCGAAUUCAACCUGGUGUUGGACUUGGACGAAACAUUGGUGCAUUGCAGUUUGCAGGAACUGUCUGAUGCUAGCUUCAAAUUCCCAGUCCUUUUCCAAGAUUGCAAGUACACGGUAUUCGUUCGCACACGGCCAUGUUUCCGUGAAUUUUUGGAGCGAGUGUCUACAAUGUUCGAAGUGAUAUUGUUCACUGCGUCAAAACGUGUAUACGCUGAUAAGUUACUCAACUUGUUGGACCCAGACCGUAAAUGGAUCAAAUAUCGUCUCUUCCGAGAGCAUUGCGUACUUGUCAAUGGGAACUACAUAAAAGAUUUGACAAUUCUUGGACGCGAUCUAUCCAAAACAAUUAUCAUUGACAAUUCACCACAAGCAUUCGGAUAUCAACUUGAGAAUGGAAUACCAAUCGAAAGUUGGUUCAUGGAUCAAAAUGACCGAGAACUCAUGAAGAUUCUACCAUUCUUGGAAUCACUAGCAGAAUUGCGUCAAGAUGUGCGACCCCACAUCCGUGAGAAGUACAACCUAUUUCAAUAUCUUCCACCGGAUUGAAUGAAGAUCUGAACGAAACUUUAAAUACGAGACACCUUAAAAACAAACACCCACACACACACACACAUAUAUGAAUAGGCAACAAACCGCAGUAAAACAACAGAGAAAAUACAAGAAACAUCUAGUAAUUUAGAAUUAAGCUUUUUAAAAUCUAUAUUAUAUGAUAAUAAUCUAGUAAUGUUUCAAAAACAUUUCGAUUCUCUUAAAAAAAAUUUCUUCUAUUUUCUUUCUUGGGUUUUCUUCCGUUUUGCUCUUAAUGGAUACUUUGUUACAUCUAUUUAUAAUGAAAAAAAAAAAUGAAACACAAAAUAAAAAAAAAACAAAGAAAA